CGAACCUGCAGUACAACCCUGGGGUUGAGUGAGACGACAUCAAAAAGUCUAUGGCGGAACAAGAGCUGUUGUUUGAAGGCUACCUGAGGAAGAGGAGAGACAAAAUGAAGAUGAAGUGGGUAACAUAUUGGUUCCGGCUGGAAAGCACGACAUUGUUCUUCUACUCAAAGAAAGACGGACGUGCUAUAAAUCUUAGAGGACAGUAUUACUUAUGCAUGGUGGAGUCUGUGCGCAAGGUAAAUCGAGCUGAGGGCAAGCGCUAUGUGUUUGAGAUCAACAUGAAAAAUGGCAAGAAGAAACUGCUGGCUGCGGAAUCCGAACACCUCCGGCAGUCUUGGGUGGCAAGUCUGUGGAAGGCCAUAGGGACAUCUGGUCCGACGUGUGCGGACCCAACCUCCGUCUGGCGGGGGCCAGGAGAGAAGAAGCUGGAGGAGGAGGAGGGUAUCUCGCUGGGCAGCAGUGAUUCCGACAGCGGAAAAGGGGUGCUGAAUGGCGUCGGCAUUUCCACUUCCUUUGGCCAGUGGGAUUCACCAGGAUUCGAAGAGAUCGAGACCCGUAACUCUGGAAUUUCAGAACCUACUGAUGAUUACGUUAACUGGAGGUCCUUGAAGCAGCACUGGGAGGAAAUGGAUGUUGCCAAGGAGGACGACCUUUACGAAACACUAGAACUUAGAAAGGAGAGGACAGAGGAGCCAGUAGAUGAAGAGGGAGAAGAGGACUAUUAUGCUGUUCCACCACCUAGGAGAGCCAACAGCAGUAACGUUGACGCGGCGGACAGAGCGUUGGCUGAAGACAUCUAUGACUACCCUCUCUCCUACAGGAACUCGGACAAGUCCGGGGUUCAAGAAUAUCGGGAAUGCACAGAGAGCAUUUACGAUGUGCCACAGUCCUUACUGAAGAAAUUUUCUGAGCAAACCAUCGAGGUCCAGUCCGAUAGUCAGAGCUCGGCACACAGCGACGCUCUCGCCUACGAUGGAAUGUGGCGACUGAGAAGGGACUCGCUGGUCAGUUGGGCAGCUGAAGUCAAGGAAGGAUAACAGGUGCAGCGGGUUUGAGAUUGUCAUCUAAGAAGUAAUACUCUUUAUGAAAAUCUGAAAUGUUUUAAUGGAGUGUGAUUUGAAUUGAGGUCAUUGUGAGGAAAUUUUCUGCGAGUCGUGUAAUUUGCCAAAUGAGUGAAUGUAAAUGUAAAUUUGAGUAAUACAAUAUACCGAUGAAAUUGUAUAUUAUGAGUUUUUGUCAGGCAUGGUAGCAGAGUGGGUAGCACUGGUACCUCACGGCACCUUAGCUGUGUAUUAGUAUGUGGGUUUGAAUAUGAGUGCCUGUGCUGAGCUAGUAUGCGCUCCCCCUAUUCGCUCUGGUUUCCGACCACAGUUCAGAGAUGCGUCUCGGGUAGACUGGGGAGUGCAAGUUGCCCGAAGUAUGCGCACAGGUGGAUGUGUUAUAUUGCCCUGGUUUAUCAGUUACUGAAAGAUUGCAAGGAAUCUAGGGAAGUAUGUGUGCACAGUGUCUGCUCUGUACAAGUUAAUCACCUGCUAAAUGAAUAAAGGCACAUGUAUGUAAAUGUCUUG